AUGUCCGGACUGUGGAAAAGUUUCCAUUGGAAUUCUAAUCUGUUGAGACGCCAGAGGACUCAUACAGGAGAGAAACCCUUUGAAUGUCCAAUCUAUGAGAAAAGCUUUAGUAAUAAUUACAAUCUGGUGAAACACCAGAGGACUCACACAGAUGGGAAAACAUUUGAAUGUCAUAUCUGUGGGAAAAACUUUAAUCAGAAUUCCAGUCUGAAACCCUUUGAAUGUCCUUUCUGUGGGAAAAGCUUUAGUAAUAAUUACAAUCUGGUGAGACACCAGAGGACUCACACAGGAGAGAAACCCUACAAAUGUCCUGAUUGUGGGAAAUGUUUUAGUCUGAGUUCCAGCCUACGGAUACACCAGAGGACUCACACAGGAGAGAAACCUUUUGAAUGUCUUUCCUGUAGGAAAGGUUUUUAUGAUCAUUCCAGCCUGGUGAAACACCAGAGGACUCACACAGGAGAGAAACCCUUUGAAUGUCUUUCCUGUAGGAAAGGUUUUUGUGAUCAUUCCAGCUUAGUGAAACACCAGAGGACUCACACAGGUGAGAAACCAUUUGAAUGUCAUAUCUGUGGGGAAAGCUUUAAUCAGAAUUCCAAUCUGGUGAGACACCAGAGGACUCACACAGGAGAGAAACCAUUUGAAUGUCAUAUCUGUGGGAAAAGCUUUAAUCAGAAUUCCACUCUGGUGAGACACCAGAGGACUCACACAGGAGAGAAACCCUUUGAAUGCCCUGAUUGUGGGAAAAGCUUUAGUGAUAAUUCCAGCCUGGUGAAACACCAGAGGACUCAUACAGGAGAAAAACCAUUUGAAUGUCAUAUCUGUGGGAAAAGUUUUAGUGAUAAUUCUAAUCUAGUGAGACACCAGGACUCACACAGGAGAGAAACUCUUCAAAUGUCCUGAUUGUGGGAAAGGUUUUAGUCUGAGUUCCAGCCUAUGGACACACCAGAGGACUCACAUAGGAGAGAAACCCUUUGAAUGUCCUGUCUGUGAGAAAAGCUUUAAUAAAAGUUCCAAUCUGGUGACACACCAGAGGACUCACACAGGAGAGAAACUCUUUGAAUGUCUUUCCUGUAGGAAAGGUUUCUGUGAUCAUUCCAGCCUGCUGAAACACCAGAGGACUCACACAGGAGAGAAACCCUUUGAAUGUCCUAAUUGUGGGAGAAAUUUCAGUCAAAAUUCCAAUCUGGUGGCACACCAGAGGACUCACAUCGUGGAGAAAUCUUUGAAUUGUCGAGUCUGCGGUCAUUACUUCAAGCAUAAAUCAUCCCUUAUUGCACACAAGGUAAUCCAUAUGAGGAAAGGUAGAUGAGUUUAGAGAAUGCUUGAAUUUCAUUUGUGAUCUCCCAGUAUAUGUGAGAAAUUGAUUGUUUGAAUUUUGGCCUGAUUCAUUUUGCUCAAACAUUUCUCAUGAUUAAAUUUGUAAGUGGAGUGAAAAGGAAAAUGGCUAACUACUAGUUUCUGGUUAUCAGCAAAACUUCUGGAUAUUUCCUUUUCCAAAAGUAGAGGAAUUCCUCAAAAAGGAAUUGUGGGUGGAGCUUUUGUUUGUUGAUUAUGGAAUUCCCACAUGUGGAGUUUCAGUCUUCUACCUUGAUUUCACCCGAUUUUCACCCCCAGAAUUCCACAGCCCGCAUAAAAAUAGUUCUCAAGAUAUAACUAUUAUGGGCCUUGAAUUAAGGUUGCAGCUUGCAAUGGCUCUUAAGUGAAAUUGCUUUCCUUAACUACCCGAAUCCCCCUGCUCUCCCUGAUGCAGCCAUUAAUCAAAUGUGUGAGUCGCUAAGCAGAACACUGUCUACUCAGAGCUGGGAAAAACUCCUUGGAGGCCUAGCACAGGGCUAGGCCUGCCUGCCGUAGGCAUCUCUAGGCCUCCCACACCCUCCAAGACAUCCUUUUGCUUUAUUUCCUAACCCUUGGGUCUCCUUGGCCCUUCACUUUCUCCUGCAGGGUCCCACCCCCACCCGACCUCACACCUUCCUCCUUCUUACCUUCUGAAGAUCUCUGAACCUCAUAUUG